GUUUUCCCGGUAAUGUUAACGGUUGCUUAGCUGCUGUGCUGAUGAGCUCAUUCUGCCUCCUACACAAUUUCAGAUGAAAGCAGGAAUAGACUAAAGGGUAUGGAGACAAGCUACAUUACGAAUUCAACGCUUUUUUUUUCCCACAAAUCAUGCUAAUGAAAAAUAGUACUUUUGUUAAUGCAUAGGAAAUAAAAAGCGAAAUUUGUUUACUGCUUUUUUUUUGUUAAACACGUUUAGCCUCCAACGCUCCUACUUAAAUGUGCAUUUUCAUCGGAACUUCUCCGUAGCCUAUCAAGUGGAAGAAUAUUAGUGGUGACGUGCUGCACAAUAACAGACACCACGUUUCCGGUUCCUUCCGUACCUUAGAUGUUACUUGGCGAAAUAGAGAACGCUAAACGCAUUCCUCCGAAAGCGCUUCGAAUGUGCUUGGAUUUUCUCUUUUUUAUGAGCAACACUUCCUGAGCUCCCUCUGGAAGCAGAAGAAUACCCGAUAAAAGACGUAGAGAAAGUAAUUGCUCGUCCCUCUUCUGUUGCUGCAGUGGAACAGGCGGAGUAACACUGCUUCAUUCAGGCUUCCAAGUCCAACUUCGCGGAAAUCGGUGCAAAGUGUCGUUUCCCUUAUUUUGGGAGGACAAAUAUCACGGGUCAACAAACGGGCGAACAGCACAAAGACGGAGGCAUUACACGGGGGAAACCAAAAAUAUUCAGCCCGACAUCUCCGUCCCUGGGGAAGGAGCCAAGCGUUGGAGCAGAUGGAUAAUGGAGACUGGGGGUACAUGAUGACCGAUCCAGUCACUCUGAAUGUGGGUGGCCACCUCUACACCACCUCCCUCUCCACCCUCAGCCGCUACCCUGACUCCAUGCUGGGGGCCAUGUUCAGUGGUGACUUCCCCUCCACCCGGGAUUCGCAGGGAAACUACUUCAUCGACAGGGACGGGCCCCUCUUCAGGUACGUGCUUAACUUCCUGCGCACGUCGGAGCUGACGCUGCCCGUGGACUUCAAGGAGAUUGAUCUGCUGCGCAAGGAGGCCGACUUCUAUCAGAUCGAGCCCUUGAUCCAGUGCCUGAAUGACCCCAAGCCCCUUUACCCCCUGGACACGUUUGAGCAGGUGGUGGAGCUGUCCAGCACGCGCAAGCUCUCCAAAUAUUCCAACCCUGUGGCCGUCAUCAUCACUCAGCUCACCAUCACCACUAAGGUGCACUCCUUGCUGGAGGGCAUCUCCAAUAACUUCACCAAGUGGAACAAACACAUGAUGGACACCCGGGACUGCCAGGUGUCCUUCACCUUUGGACCAUGCGACUACCAUCAGGAGGUCUCCCUGAGGGUGCACCUGAUGGAGUACAUCACAAAGCAGGGCUUCACAAUCAGGAACACAAGAGUGCACCACAUGAGUGAGCGUGCCAAUGAAAACACUGUGGAGCAUCACUGGACUUUUUGCAGACUGGCACGAAAGAUUGAAGACUGAUGUGCUGUUAUUGCUACCAUUGUGUUAUUGUCAUUAUGAACUUGCAACACUAAGCAUAUCUUUGGCCUAUAAAAGCCUGGGAUUCAUUAAGAUCUUAAAAGAACCUUUGAGUCUUGUUUAAAAAAAACACAAGUGUAACUCUUAGAUUUACUUAAAGCAUGUUUUAAAAAGUGUUUUAUAAUAAACA